AUUAAUUAUUAAAAUAAUAAAAAAUUUCUUGUGGCGCCAUCUUUUAGGAGUUCACCAAAGCCGAUUUGAAGUUGUUUAUUUAAACGUCAAUGUCAAUUAUUUAUUAGAUUUAUUCGUUUUGAAUAAAUCUAAUUAAACAAAUACGAUGUUAAUUACAUCAUUUGAGAAAGCUGUAUUAAAACUUACCCAAAAGAAGAACGUUGUGACUCAAAUUCGUACUCAUCGAUGGUGUCCAGACGCCGAAUUUUUCCAACAAUUUAAUGGGGCCGUAAUAAAUGAACCCCCGGGGUUAAAGAUACCACCGCCGAGAUGGAACGAUAAAGUAGAACCAGCUAACGUAACCAUACAAAAUUUGGCGAUUAAUUUUGGGCCACAACAUCCAGCCGCUCACGGCGUUUUACGAUUAGUUACUCACCUAGAUGGAGAAAUUGUGACUCGCGUUGUACCACACAUUGGUUUUCUUCAUCGUGGUACUGAAAAAUUAAUGGAAUAUAAAACGUACGUUCAAGCUUUGCCAUAUAUGGAUCGUCUGGAUUAUGUUUCUGUGAUGUGUAACGAACUUACAUAUUGUUUAGCAGUUGAACGUCUCCUAAACAUACAAGUUCCUCGUCGCGGAAUGUACAUAAGAACAUUAAUGUGCGAAUUAAAUCGAAUUUUAAACCACCUAUUAGCUUUGGCUUGCACGAUUUUGGACGUCGGAGCUAUAACCCCGUUAUUUUGGAUGUUCGAUGAGCGUGAUAAAAUCAUGGAAAUUUUUGAAAGGGUGUGUGGGGCGAGAAUGCACGUCGCUUAUUUUAGACCAGGAGGUGUCACUUUGGAUAUCCCAAUCGGUUUAUUAGAUGAUAUACACGAUUUAAUCCGAAAAUUAGGUGAAAGAAUGGAUGAAGUUGAAGAUUUAGUAACGGAUAAUCGAAUUUGGAUCAUGCGUACAAAAGAUAUUGGGGUGAUUUCAGCCGAGGAAGCGAUUAAUUGGGGAUUUUCAGGGGUUAUGUUGAGAGGAUCCGGUAUUAAAUGGGAUUUGCGUAAAACGCAACCGUACGAGGUUUACGAUGAAUUAGAAUUCGAUGUUCCAACGACCGUUAAUGGGGACUGUUACGAUAGAUAUUUGUGUAGAUUUUAUGAAAUUAGACAGUCGAUUAGGUUAAUUGAUCAAAUAAUUAAUCGUAUGCCCGAAGGGGAGAUAAAAACGGACGAUCAUAAAGUUUGUCCGCCGAAAAGACACGAGAUGAAGAGCUCUAUGGAAGCGCUUAUUCAUCAUUUUAAAUAUUUUUCGAGAGGUUUUGAGGUUCCACCUGGCACUACUUAUGUUGCUACGGAACAUCCAAAAGGUGAAUUUGGAAUAUUUAUUGUAUCCGAUGGUACAUCAAAACCAUAUCGAUGCCACAUAAGAGCUCCAGGUUUUGUUCACUUGGCUGGAAUGAAUAAACUGAUGGGAACGGGAGCUUAUUUGGCUGAUAUUGUAGCGGUUAUAGGCACAAUAGACGUUGUAUUUGGAGAUGUUGACCGUUAAACAUCAUUAUAUAUAUAUGCUUUUAUAUAUUUUUUUAUUAAUUAAUAAAAAACAUCAAAUUAA